AUGCCAGAACACGUCGACACUAAGAUUGCCGAUGAGUCCUCUCUGAUCAUACCCUCAUCUCCUGUAGAGGAAGAAGAAGAAGAGGAAUUUCUGGAGGUUGAGGGUUUGGACUUGAUUCAACAAGAUAGUAUUGCUCCACCACCAAUAACAACAACAGUAAUUGAUGAACCUACUACUUCAACGACAACAACAAAUGGCAACAAUACUGAAGAUGUUGAUGGUGCAGUGAGUAAGAAUAACCAAACAAAAGAAGUUGAUACAACUGAUGAUGCGGAUAAAGUUGAAGAAUUGGUACGAGAAUUAGAGCAAGUACAUCCAACAACAAGUACCACUGAAAGUGAAGAUAGCAAGUUGAUAGAGCAAAUUGAUACAACACCAUCAACAACAACAACCAGUACCAUUAGUAAUUCUGUUGCAACAACAAGUGCAGAAAAUCAACAUGUUAUGGAUCCUUCAUCACCAAAUGCUCUCCUCGAAGAAUUAGACCACAUCUUUGAUACACCUCUCCUAACACUUCCUCAACAUCAACAACAACCACUUAUCCAUCAACCAAUCUUUACUCAGAGUUGUUCAUCUUCAUCUUUGACCAUUCCACUCAAAGACUUUUCUCUCAAUUAUUGCUCCAAAGUCAACAAUUUUCAGAGAAGAAAGCGUAAGGAUCAUCCUUCACCAACACUGUACGAACAACAAAUCAAACAACACACUAAGAGAACUAAGACCAAUCCAAUCUAUCAAAACAUUCCCAUCAAUUUUGUCAGCAAUUCUGCCUUCCUUUUGAGUAAUGUUAUAGAAUCUUCCGUUCCAUAUAACAAUACAACAGUUUGCUAUGAUGACCACUCUACUCAUCAAUGUCCUUGGCUUGAUUUAUUGUCCACAGGCAAUAGGGAAGAGUUGGUAUUAGAUGAAAGUAGUGUUCUUUUGGGCAAAUUGCAAAAACUCUCCCUUCUUCAAAAUACUUCCUCUUCAUCAUCAUUAAUUGUUACUAAUAAUUCACGAUAUAGUCUAGUGACUGAUCCAUAUUGUACUAUUAUGAGGAUUGGUGGAAGAAUUUAUAGAGAAACCUAUGAAGAUCGUUCAUCUUGUACAUUCAAUGCUCUUAUUAAUUGUGGAAAUGAUAACAAAUUCCUCAUGCUUCAACUUCAAAACAAUGCUCUAAAUGAUAACAUUUUCACAGUCUAUGCAAGAUUUGGACAAGUGGGUAAUACUGGACAGACCUAUUCGAGAUUAUUUGAUAAUAUUGCUCAUGCCAAACAAUUCUUUGUAGAUUCACUGUUGGCUAUAACAGGUUCUGCUACUGUUUCUUCCCAAUGCUCAAUUGCCUCUAGAGUUUGCUAUGAUAUCCCAUCCAUUUCCUUCUUUUAAAGUGAUGAAUUAGUUCAUUUUCACAAUUCAAACUUUUUCAAUUCAAAUAUUAAAUGUAUUUUAAAUAAAAUUAAAAU